AUGUCUAUACCAUUAAGCUGUUUUACUCAGAUUCGUAGCUAUAUUUUACGGAGAGCACCCAGGACUUGGACAAAUGGUGUUAAAUAUGAACAAGUAACUUAUUAUCCACGACAUAAAGAUCAUAAAGAUCCUCCCAUCAAACCAACAAAACUUUUAAUGGUUCAGCGUGUCGAAAAGUUUAAAGGCAAUCCAUAUUGGGAUAAAAAUAUUCUUAUUCAGCUUAAAUUAGAUAAAGUGGCUAGUGAUAUUGCGAUAGUCAAAAAUACACCAGAAAUGUGUACGUUGCUUUGGAAAAUAAAGCAUCUGAUAAAAGUUACACCAAUCAAUAUGCCAGACAAAUUACCCAACGACGAGUCAGUCCAGACUUGGCUCCAUGAAAAUGGAGAUUUGCUAAUGGCUCCAAGAGUCGAUCCAGAUCGUGAAAAAGCUACCAUGGAGUUCAUAAAUAAUCCAAAACGAUUAGAUAGAAAGACUUUGAAGGAAGAAUUAAGAUAUAGAUGGCUUAAUCCUUAUGAUUUGUAG